ACACGUCUGCCUUAUCACUGGUAUAAGUAAGAGACAAACAGAUCAAUGGACACCACUUUAACCAGUAUAAUGGAGAACUCGCAGUCAUAUUCAGAACAUGAGGAGGAAAUGUCAUUCGAACAAAAGGUUUCUCAACAUUUCAGCACAGAUGGGCAUAGGCGCUAUCAACGUCAAGCAUUUGGACAAGGUCUGUUUACAAAGGGAGGUGGAUCUGCGUUUCCACCCAACCGACUGGUUAUACUGAGUCUGGGCCUGUUGAAUGCUGUUCUGCUGAUAGCUGCUGUUGUUACUGGGAUCUAUUGUGCCAAAGCCAAAAACCUUCAGAUUUCUUAUUCCGCUAAUGGACCCCUCAUUGCUGAGUUGAACCGUCUCCGCAACCACAGCGGUAUCAUCAGAGCUAAAAUGGAGGCCCACGCAGCAUUAAUGAAAGAGCACGCCAGCCAUCUCUACCUAAAGGAGCAGGUGCAGCAGAAGAAGACCAUCAGUGAUGGUCUUCAGUUACAGAUUGAGGCUCUACACACAGAGAGGACAGAGCUAAAGAGUAAUAAAACUAAUUUAGAGGGAAGCUGUAGCAGGUGCCAACCACGAUGGAUUUUUCUUCAAUCAUCCUGCUAUUUUUUUUCUAACUCUGUGUACGAAACCAGGAAGAACUGGCUGGAUAGCAGAGCACACUGUAUUAGUCAAGGGGGCGAACUGGUUGUGAUCAAUAACUUGGCUGAGCAGCAUCUCAUGAGUGACAACUUUCGAAGGGUGAGCAGUGGCAGUGUGUGGUGGCAGAACGGCUUCUGGAUCGGCCUCAGGGAAGUAGUGGCAGAAGAAAAAUGGGUCUGGGUUAACAAUGUGACUGAGACAGAAACAGUACUGGAGAACUGGACAGCCUAGCAGAAGUGGACUUCAGAGCGGGAACUGUGCUGCUUUGAAUUACUAUUCUGAUACCAAGAGGACAUGGUAUAAUGCAAACUGCAAUGAACUUGAGUUGAA